UGAACUGAGUGUGAUGGAUGAUUAAGGAGUUCACUGCAGGCUGGAUGUCGGUGAUUUGGCAGAAACACAUUUUCUUUCCCAGUAACAGAGCAGAGCGACAGCAGUUCAGCAGAGAAAGUGAACAUGCCUCUAAUGGCAGAUUUGCACCAGAAGACAGAUGACAUCCACGCUGUAUAUGAGCUGAAGGAGAAACUGGGAGAGGGCUCAUUCUCUGAGGUAAGAGUGGCUGAACACCGCCGCACACACAAGCGUGUAGCGAUCAAAUGCAUCCGCAAAAAGGCCUUUAAGGGUAAAGAGUCCAUGCUGGAAAAUGAGAUUGCUGUAUUACGCAGAAUCAAGCACGAAAAUAUCAUUUCCCUGGAGGAGACGUUCGAGACGCCUGCAAAACUGUAUUUGGUAAUGACACUGGUGACUGGAGGCGAGCUGCUGGACCGGAUUCUGAAACAGGGCAGCUACACAGAGAAGGAUGCUAGCCAUGUCAUCCUGCAAGUCCUGGAAGCCGUCAAGUACCUCCACCAGCUGGACAUUGUACACAGGGACCUGAAGCCAGAGAACCUGCUAUAUGAAACUCCUUUCCAAGAUUCCAAGAUCGUCCUUAGUGACUUUGGGCUGUCGAAAAUAGCAGAUCAGGGCUUCUUGUCCACUGCUUGUGGAACUCCUGCUUAUGUAGCUCCUGAGCUUCUACAAGAGAAGACAUAUGGUAAAGAAGUAGACUUGUGGGCCAUGGGAGUGAUUUCAUUUAUUUUGCUGUGUGGUUAUCCUCCAUUCUACGAUGAUAGUGACACCGAACUCUACAAACAGAUCAUAGAAGCAAAGGUUGAGUUCGACUCGCCGUAUUGGGACGACAUCUCAGAUUCAGCCAAAGACUUCAUCGUGCACUUGCUCGAGAAAGACCCGAAGAGAAGGUUCAAUUGCGAGCAGGCCUUGCAGCAUCUGUGGAUUUCAGGUAGAGCAGCUCUGGAAAAAAACAUCCACAGCUCCGUAUCUGAGCAAAUCCAGAAGAACUUUGCCAAGAGCCAGUGGAAGAGAGCCUUUAAUGCCACCAUGUUGGUGCAUCACCUCAGGAAGAAGGCUCAUACGAGCGAAGAGAAAGAACCAGACACGUCCACAGGAACCGCCGAAGACCUCCUGAAAUCCAACUGGCAAAAGACCAGAAGUCAACACACCCACAUGUCUGAAACACCUGCCAACGUCCGUCUCGAACUCCUCCCAUGGGCCACAGCGGCGCUCCAUUCCCAACAGCCGGCCUCCCUGACGCUUCGCUGCCCAGCUCCGAAGCCAGAUGUUCGAAACAUGACGGAACAAUCCAUUACGGUGAUGAAACUGCCGGAAUGGUGCUCCGUGUGCCUCCGGAACAUGUCCAAGAUCACACGGUGGGAAUCCUGUGUGGAACACUGCUCAGGUUGUGGUCUCGACUGCUGCUUUGACAGUUAAAACAGAAAAGAAGCGAACUGUGGAACUGCAGGCUGAAGAUCCGGUGACUCAUCGAAAAAACAGCAGUAGUGUAGAACCGCAUCUUGGCAUAAUCACAGAAAAUGGUCUUCCAGCAUUUUGGUGACAGAUGAAAGAAGUCACAGGAUGUAAUUGAAUACAGAAAAAAAAUCAAAUUCGGCCUCCUUGUCAUGUAAAAGAAAUGUCUUUUUUUUUUUUUUCCCCAAGCUGGGUGAAUCUCACAGAAGCAAUAAUCACUAGGCUGGUAUAAAAGCAAGAGUUAGGACUCCAUCCCUCACUGCACCCUACUGUCUUCAGUCUGCCAAGCUGUGUGUGUCUUAUCUACCCAGAACAGCCCUCUGCACUGUGCCAGAGCUCGGGCGGUUCAAAUUGGGGGUAAUGUCUUCCUUUUCUGUGUGCCAGCCCGAUCACAUCACAUGGAUAAAGUGAUUAUGGAAAUGCUGGGGUGGCGGUGGAAGCAGCCUUUAGGGAGCAGGAGAUGGAAGCCGACACGGAGUCCUUAGCACGCAAAAGAGGGCUGUGCUUCAUUGUUCCCUAGCAAUAGUGAGCAUUUGUGUACACACUGUUUUCAUUUAGACAGCGACAGCAUGAUUGUGAUUGGCCAUUGUUCAGGCAGACGUGGUGGUGGUGAUGCUGGUGUUAGGGGAAGAGGAACUGGAUC